AUGGAGCAGCAACUCACCCAAGCCCAGCUCCUCCAGCUACUGCUGAAAGCUGGAGUACCUGACGAUGUGGCCAACCCACUGUCCCAAACAAUGUUGCAACAACGUGUCAAUACCCAUGAAUCAAUACUUUCAGUGUUAACCAACAGCGAUCUACGAGGUCAGGUCUUCAACACUCUCGCAGUAGGCGAUGUUGCGAAGCUCACCGCACUUGUCAAACCAGUUGCCCCAGCUCCCGGUGCUGCAGGAGGAGGUGAUGACAAUGAUCUUGCGAAGAUGGUACAACUUCUCCAGGACAUCAAGCUUCAGAAUCAAGAGCAGAUGCAGAUUUUGAUCAACUCAGCCUUCAUCAGAUCGCCAAUCUCAGAUGGCAACUCUUCAAACUUCAAACGAUUGGCAUCACAUGCACUGAGGAGUCAACAACAAAGUUGA